AUGGCGGUAAACCUUGAAAGGCACUUCAACUUCUCAGAAAUCCAACAUUUGAAACACAAUAUUGAACGUUCUGAAAGGUUACACCAAGCUCAAGCUGAACACUUGUGUUUCGUGCUGAGAGUGGAGAGGUACAUUGCAGACCCCACAUUUCAGUCCCUCGUAAAAUCAAAACAUGCCACAAAUACAUCAUAUGACGUCUAUGAUCUUGUUAUAACGGAUGGGAAAUUUAAGUUGAAGUGUGUUCUGUGGACAGCGCUCAAUGCUUUUAUUUCAAAAGGAAGGGUUGUGGCUGGAUCAGUUAUCAAGUUGACCAAAUGUACUCUACUCUAUGAUGAGACAGAUUUAAAUGGUUUUAAUUUUGUUCUCAUAGAAGAUUUGACGGUUGAUGGAACUGACAUAAACUUUUCAGUAAAUGAGGAGCGCAUUCCCUGGUCUCCUGAUGCUUGCACCAGAGAACAAAAGCAGGUGCCACUUGCAUCAAGCCGUGGUUGUUAUGUGUCCCUUUGGUCUUCCUUUGAGACGUAUGGAGAAGUCUGGGAACAAACAGUGCCUGAUAGUCAGUCUGUCUCAGAUACCACUGUAUUAGACUGCUACACCUUGAAGGAACUUUCCAGGCUUGGGAGAUCAAUAAAGGCCAGCUCAAUCCCUCCUGUCAUUGUAAGAGUGUUAACUAGAUCCAGGCUACGGCAGUAUGCAAAACCGCAAAAAGCGGAAAAAUGGCCAUACCAAAUAUCUAUGGUGAUUGGAGACAGAUCAGGGAGCUGUACAGCUGUUGUUUGGAACUCGUUGUGCACCAAGUUUAACAAAAACAUUCAGGAGGGAAGUGUUUUGCUUCUAGAAAACUACUCAGUGAAACCUCACUUCAGUGUUUACACCUAUGCUAACCAGACCAAGGUAAUUAAGGGCAGUCAUUAUGACAUUGACUUGAAUCUCAACCCAUACAAUCCUGAAUGCAAAGUGACAAUAAUACAUGCCAGUGCUGUGGAGAGUUGCUGGCAGCUGCCCUCUCUGGAGUAUGAACUAAUCGACCGGAAACAGUUAGGGCGACUACCAGACAACUUUAUCUGUGACAUAGUCGGAUUAGUCAUAUUUUUGGGACGUUAUGAAAGGGUGGCACCUCAGACAACAGACAGCCUUGGCAGACGUGAAACCUUCUGGGUGAUUAGAGAUGUAGAAUUGGUGGACCCAUCCUUUGUAUACACGGGGAAAACAUUUGUUAUAAAGCUGUUCAGAUCCAUUCAGGCUGACACGUUGGAUAGGUUAUGCCCAGGUGAUAUGUUACUGUGCAGCAAUAUGCGAGUUGUGCACAAUUUGACACUGGUAUCCAACUCUAGACAGAAACGCCAUGUGUACCUGACCUGCACAGGGGAAACACAGGUGACGAUUAUUCAGAAAAGUAGAAGCACACUGGAUCAUCCAGUGGUCAAUCAGUUGAUAACAUGGGCAAGCUCAUCCCGAGGAUCGGCUGUAGUAAGAGCAGCCACCUAUGGUGGUUAUUUCUCGUACCCUCCUCUGCCCAAGGAUCUCCAGUUAUACAAACAGUUAUGGCCAGAGAAUAGAGCUAUGCAGAUCACACAAAGUGACCAGUGGGAAAGUGUUUUGCAAAGUCUCUCGUAUAGAGAAAGUAGAAAUCUGAUUGUUCAAGCUGACAUUGUGAGGAUCUGUCACCACUCCUUGAAAUAUGUACAUUACAGAAGGACAUCUGAGCCAAAAAUGCUUGUUGAUAUGGAGUUUAGAGAGGAGGUGAAAUUCCAACAUCCGGAUUACAUGUCAGACAACGGUACAGUCCUUGGGAGCACAGAGUUGUACUCUGAAUCAUUGCCUUGCAAGUUUUCACCACAUGGCAGAGAACAUAUAUUAUCACAAGCAACUUUCCCUCCCUCUGUCUACUCCUCGGGCCUUAGGAGAGCACAGGGUGCAAGUCCAGCUCUUGCCAUCAAGCCUAGUUUCAGUUAUGAAAGUGUGACACUGAUGGGCCUAAAUCAUCCUGUUAUGCUUCAUACAGUUUUCCUUCACAGUGAACUUUCACUGCAUUCUAGAUUUAUCAAUGUGAUAUCUAAUAAUGCCCGCUCCAGAGCUCAAAGUCAUGGAAAUGAGGACAGUGCUUCAUGGCGAUGUUUGUGCCACAUAGACCUUCAUCAGCUGGACACAGGCAGGACUGAAAUCAUCCUCAAUAUGGCCUACUUGUUGACCUGACCACGCAAACUG